AGGUGCCUCUGGAGCAGCUCGCAGCCACCACCGACGCCUGCCGACGCGUGGUGCACCAUCCGGCCCACACACUGCUGCACUGCAGCUAGCACUCGACGCGCAACGCACGCCACCGCUGCGUUCACGACGCUCUUGCAUGCGCCCCGUGCGAGCAGUCCUGCUCCUCGCGUCGUGCCGCGCCGACAUGCUUCGUAGACUAGUACCCGGCCUAAGACGCGCCUCGACGAGGACCAUGGCCACGAAACCGCGCUGCGUCCUCCUCAACGCCGCGCGCCUCGACUUUGACGGUCGUAUUGAUUUCGCGAAACUUGAGGAAGUCGUAGAGAUAGAGAGGUACGACAAGACCCAACCAGAGGACGUCGCUGCGAGAUGCGAAGGCGCGCAGAUAAUCGUAAACAAAGAGAUGCCCCUGUCAAAGGAGACCAUCGCGUCACUCCCGGACAGUGUGAAGUUGAUCUGCGAGGCCGGCACGGGCUACAACAAUAUUGAUUUGGACGCUUGUUCCACGAAAGGCGUAUGUCUAUCAAAUGUGCCCACUUACGCCACUGAGGCCAUGGCCCACAUGGCGAUCACGGCACUCAUGGCCUGCUCUUGUAGCCUCUGGCAGCAGGCGGCGGCCUUUGGGUGCGGUGACUUUCAGUAUCUAGAACAGUGCCAUCCCGGUUCCUUGACGCAUGUCGAGUUACAUGGCAAGACUCUUGGUCUAGUUGGCGGUCUAGGGACGAUCGGGAAGCGGGUCGCCGCGAUCGCUUCGGCGCUAGGGAUGAGGGUAGUAGCGUCGUCGUCACGCAUGGCCGCGAUCGGGCAACAGGGCGACGUUACCGUAGUCUCGCUAGAUGAGCUCCUCGAGACGUCGGACUUCGUCUCGAUCCAUUGUCCCUUGAACGCGAACACCAAGGGUUUGAUCGGGCGCGUGGAGCUCGCGAAGAUGAAGCCCACGGCCUUCCUCAUCAACACCGCUCGCGGUUCCAUAAUAGAUCAGGACGCCCUCGUCGAGGCUUUAUCAUCUAAGCAAAUCGCGGGUGCCGCCUUGGACGUCUUCGGCGAAGGCAGCGCGCCGCCGCCCGCGCUGCCGUCAAACCAUCCGCUGUACUCGCUGGAAAACGUCAUGCUCACUCCGCACAUCGGCUGGCAGCGCCUCGAGUCGCGGCAGCGCGUCGUCGACAUGGUCGCCGACAACUGUGUGUCUUUCUUGAACGAUGGGUCGUCGAAUAUUGAUCUCGGGACAGGGCUGCCUAGGAAGAAAUAACACUAACACAU